AUGACUUCCAGCAAGGACUACGUUUUCAAGGAGGUUGGCAAUACGUUGAUUGAGGCAACGGCUCACUGGAAGCCAACAAAGACUCUGGCUCUCCAUGGAGGAGGUUUCGUGAUAGGAUCCAGACAUGCGUUGCCAGAGGUUGAAGUUGGGUAUCUUGCCGACGCAAACUUUGUUGUCGUAUCAGCCGACUAUCGACUUUGCCCACAAGUUCCCUUACACGACGUGAUGGAAGACGCUAUCGACGUUUUCUCUUGGUGCAAGACGGAGCUUCCGCAAAAGUUCGAAGCGGACACUGGCUUUAGGAUUGACGCACGAAAGGCGGUGGUUUUCGGGCAAUCUGCUGGAGCACUCUUAGCUUUACACUUGGGUGCUCUGGCGGAACCUCCCCGGGCGAUUCUUGACUUUUAUGGCGUCAAGUACGUCAGCUAG